UCUCUUAAACAAGAUUUUAUACAAUUCUUAGUAAUUGAUUGUUCCUCUCGAGGUAAAAUUUUAUAAUGUUUUGUUUGUACUGUUCAAAAUUAUCUAUGAACAAGAGUACUUCUCUGUUUCUUAAAGUGAGAUACUUUUCAACUGAAAAUUUAGACUAUAAGAAAUCAUUUGCAGUUUCAUAUCUCGUAAAUUCAUGUGGGUUCACUUCAGAAACUGCUAAAACUCUCUCUAAGUGGGUACAUUUUGAUACACCUGAAAAACCAAAUUCCGUACUCAUGUUUUUCAAGGACCAAGGAUUCAACAAUUCUCAAAUCUCCAGAAUUGUUAAAGAAAGGCCCCAGGUGCUUUUAGCCGAUCCUAAGAGUUCACUUUUGCCAAAGCUUGAGUUUUUACGUUCAAUGGGUGCUUCAAGUUCAGACCUUUCUAUAAUUGUUUCUAAGAAUGCACAUUUACUUUGUAGGAGCUUAGAGCGAUAUCUCAUUCCAUGUUGUGAUAUCUUGAAAAGUGCACUUGUUUCAGAUGAUGAGAAAGUAAUUAAGACUUUGAAACGCAUGUCAACAUUUUCUAUGCCUAAACUGCUGAAAUAUUUUACUGUCAAUUUAUCAUUUUUAAGAGAAAUUGGAGUUCCUCUAUCUGCUAUUCCUAUCCUGGUAGCUAAUUAUACUAUGGUUAUGUGCCGAAAAGUAAGCAAGUUUACUGAAGGGGUUGAGAAGCUUAUGAAAAUGGGAUUUGACCCUUCAAAGCAGUCAUUUGUCUGGGAACUGCCUGUUUUUCUUCUAAUGUCUAACAAAACAUGGCAGCACAAAGUGGAGGUUUAUAGGAGGUGGGGUAUUUCUAAAGAUGAGUUUUGGUCAAUUUUCAAAAAGCAGCCCUUAUGUAUGAAUAUCUCGGAGAAGAAUGUAAUGACUAAAAUGCAUUUCUUUGUCUGCGAGAUGGGUUGGCGUCCUGCUGAUAUUGUUAGAGUUCCAACUGUUCUUUGUUAUAAUUUGGAGGCAAGGAUUAUUCCUAGAUGUUCAGUUGUAAGAGUUUUGCUGUUAAAAGGUUUGAUUAAGGAUGAUAUCCCUGUAUCCUCUGUGUUGAUAGCUUCUGAGAAGGUCUUCUUGAAAAGGUUUGUGAUGAAGCAUCUAGAAGAGGUGCCUCAAUUGUUGGAUCUCUUCCAGGGCAAAGUCAGUCUUGCAGAACUUGGCUUUGGCUUUGAUGAGAAAUCUGGGAAUCUUGGUCAUGCAACAUAUCAAUCUUAAACACAUAGUUUUCUUUUCUAUUUGUUGAUGCUUUUUAAUUGAUGCCGUUAAUUUCAUUUCGUUGGUGAAUUGCCUUAAA